UGUGUCAACGAAAAAAAAAAAUUUGCGAGUGCUAUUAUUUAUCUCUCUCUCUCUCUCUCUCUCUCUCUCUCUCUCUUCUCCCUCGCUUUCCCAGCUUCAAAAAUCAGGGUCUCAAUGAUGUCUAUGUUAAGGGCCUCUCAUCUUCCGCCAUUGGCGACUCCAGCACUCUCCGCACUUAGACUCUCUCUCAUUCCAACAUACACUUCCUUUUCACCUUCAAACGUUCGCCAAAUCUCUUCAUUUGCAUCAUCUCUUAGUCUUACAUCUUCCCCCAAAACCCUUAAACCCUCUCCCCCUUCUUCCCUCUCUUCUUUCAUCUUCAACCGCGUUUUGGCCAUGGCAGGACGUCCAUGUUUCAGGGCCGCAGCAGCUUCAUUUAGUGCUGAAAGUGGCUCGAGUGGUGAAAGGGAAAUACUCGUGCAGCAUUUACUCGUUAAAGAAAACGAUCUCAAUCUUCUUUUGGAUCUUCAGCAGAGAGUUAUACGAGGUGAGGACCUAAGUGAUCUUGCUGUCGAAUUCUCAUUAUGUCCAUCCAAGGAAGAGGGGGGAAUGCUUGGGUGGGUUAGAAAGGGUCAAAUGGUACCUGAGUUUGAGGAGGCUGCUUUUAAUGCUCCAUUGAACAAGGUUGUUAGGUGUAAAACACAGUUUGGAUGGCAUUUGUUGCAAGUCCUUUCAGAGAGGGAAGAAUCAAUACUUCAAGAAAUUCCACCUGAAAAGUUCCAUGUCAAAAUGCAAGAUCCAAGUUUCCUUGAAGAUGCACAAUUGAUUGAUGUUCGUGAACCUGGAGAAGUGGCUCGGGCUUCUUUGCCAGGUUUUCAGGUUCUUCCCCUCCAACAAUUUGGAAGCUGGGGACCUGAGAUAACUACUAAAUUUGAUCCUCAAAAGGAUACCUAUGUAAUGUGUCAUCAUGGAGUGCGGUCAUUACAGGUUUCCAAGUGGUUGCAGACACAGGGUUUUAGGAGAAUAUUCAAUGUGUCGGGCGGAAUUCACGCAUAUGCUCUGAAGGCUGAUCAAACAAUUCCUACCUAUUGAUAUGUUUGGAUGUGUCUGGAGUUGAGAGCGCACACCUUCACUUCCUGAGUAUGAUUUUGUAUCCGAUAUAUUCUUAAUUAUUGGAUGUACAAAGUUGACAACCACUCUAUUCGUACGACCACUGAGUUGGUAGUGAUAGUUGAACGUUUGUACUUUAUGUCAGGUCAUGGUCCCUGCAUUCUUUUUGUCCUUA